AUGGCGUUGAUAGCCACCAGACCCCAAAGGGAACCGGGAUAUCUGAAGGAGCUCGAGCAGUCUGAUCUUGAUUGGAUGGAAUCGUCGUUUGGAAAGCAGAUUCGAAACGAUAUAGAAGACGGCCUCGUUAAGGUAAAGAAGACGUAUCGAGGUGGUUACUUCAGUUUAACUGAGGACACACUCAUGCGAUGUAGAAGAUACUUGGCAGAUGCCGCAGAAUUCGAUCCUUAUAAACAUCUACGAUUAAUCGCCGAGGGAACAAUCCCCAGUGAUUCAACUACUGCGUACGAUGAUAGUGACUCAGAGCUUCCCCGCUACACUAGAUCCAGGGGAAAGUCAACAUGGCCUGAUGCCAAGAGGCUACAACGGGAGCAUCCUGAGGACAUAUCUGCUUUAGGCUUUCCCAAAAAGCAUUUAUUUAAUCGUAACAUCGCUAAAUGGUCAUUGAUGAGGACUGUCUUCAGGGGCGCCAAAGACGUGAGAUAUGCUGAACAGUGUCGCCCUGCACUGGACCCGAUCAUGCAAAUGUUUGUAUUGAAUCAUAGAGAGUUUCGGUAUGCCCGCAUUAUAAACGAUUUGACUGAAAAGGCCAAGUGCCAUCUUGUGGUUGAAAUGCCUGAGAAAGAGUUGAGAAAAUUUUUCAGUAUGAUAAUGCGAUUAGUGGUACCCAGGGAACUGUUUGGAACCCUUGGUAAUGUCAAACAGGUACAGAAAAGCAGUAUCGAUUACAUAUUCUCACCCAAACGAGAACAGGUUCGAGUUGGAUAUAUUGUUAAAAUGUUAAAUCUCGAUGACAUAAAGUGGCUGAAGGCUACUGGCGAACAGAAUACAAAAAUUCACCUCAUGAGAACUUUUAUGAAGUGGUUCCUACGCCAGUACAUCAAGGUCAUUAUCAAUAGCUACUUCUUUCAACCGAUUCAGCGUUCUGGGUCUCAACGGAUUCUAGUCCCUCUGCAGAAGUGGAUACAGCAUCGUGACAAUUUCAUCUCUCAGUUGGUCGAGACUGAGGUACUUGAGAAGGUUUCAGAUUUGACGAAUGUUGAAUUGAGUUCAGAUCACUCGCAAGAUGAUGUUCCACAAGCUUUUAUGAAAUUUCAUAUUAAAAGUGGUGGACUACGACCGAUUUAUAAAGCAGCGACAACGGCGAAGCAGAAGAGCGCAGCACAGGUCCUGAAACAAUUGCUGAUGCAGGCUUGGGCCUUGAAGUCUGAGGUUUUUGUUCAGAAACAGUUGUCCAGCUUCUGGGAGUCAAUCGUUAAGGUUGGAAGAACCAAUGGAAAACCCAUGUACUUUGUAACAGCUGAUCUGACUGAUGCAUAUGGGUCUAUUAUUCAAGACAAACUGUUGACGAUAGUACAGGACAUCAUCCAGGAUCUCCCUGAAGAACUCAUACUGAGGCCCAUCGAAGUACUGAACCCGACGUACAACUUCCGAAAGUUCGGACUUCUCCGGCAGUUCUACGAUGAGUCUUUGCCACUUCUGCUAUCGUCUAAUAAACUUUUUGAAUGGCGUCAUUAUUCUCCGAGUUACAAAUAUUAUAAAUCACACAUGAUGGAAAGAUUAACAGACUACGUGAAAAAUCAAAUGGUGAUUAUCGGUCGCGAAAAAUACAGACUCAAUCGUGGAGUGGCCCAAGGUCUCCCUGCAUCAACUAUUUUGGCCAAUAUUUAUUAUGGAACAGUGGAGAUGGAAGAGCUCCAGGAAUUCAAACAGAAGGGAUGGUUGGCAAGAUACAUGGAUGAUUUUCUCUAUGUCACGAGUGAUAGACAAUCAGCAGAGAAAUUCUUGGACUUAAUCAGAACAGGAAUUCCCAAGUACAAUUGUCGCUUCAACCCCACGAAAACUCACACAAAUCUGUUAUCAUCUUCCGAGACAAAUUUUACAUUCCUAGGAUUCAACUUUAACAUGACCACGUUUGAAGUUCACCCAGAUUAUUCAUUUCCAAUCACUCAGUUUAAUUCGGGUUGGGUAUUAGAUAAUAGAAGGAACCAAAUAAAGACAUUUCAUGAUAAACUCGUAAACGUGCAAAUUGCGAAGCUGGAUAAAGUUGUUCUCAGUUCUAACAUCAAUUCGAAAAAACGAGUCAUCAAAACAAUGCUUGCUGCUGCCCAACGUUUGGGUCACAAGUGCCGUGUUUUAAUAAUGCAAUUGUUCAAUCUGGAUCGCCUCAACAAGAAAACAAUCUCCAGUGUAACUGAAGAGUUGAUGAACAAACUCAUUGCAAUUUACAAGCACCAAUGUGACGAAGCUGACCCUAAGGGAUUGUUCUCCCUAAGAAGAAAAAUGUUGAAAAAGUACUUCGGCGAACUUCGAAAACAUAAGAAAUUAAAUUUUCAACUAUUUCGAAAGCUUCAGCUGACGGAGGAAGACUGCUCAAAAAAUUGCAGGAAACGGAAACGCAGUAUUACCGAUGAUGAGCAGAACGAUCGACGAUCUAAGAUAAAACUGUCAGAUCCACACGAGUUGUAAUUUCGAUCAUUGCAUCAUUGCAAUGUUCAGAGGCCACUUUUCUAUGUUGAAUUCUACGUAAUUAAUGUUUGAUAUAAUUUUUUCUUUUAUAAUGUUCGAUUUUAUGGUAAAUGUUUAAUAUAACUCUUGACUGCCA